AAAAAAACCCAAAAAAAAAAAAAGAAAUUUAAAUUAAAAGACAAAAUAGCACGUGCAUUCAGCGUGCAUGACUAAAACCCCUCUAAUUCCAAAACCCUUCCACGUAUCUCUUUCGUCCUCACCACCACUGCAAAAAUGAACCAUUUGUUAGACUCGCCGUCGCCGGCAACGGCGCCGGCACCGGUAUCGCCGGCACGGGUAUCUAACUCCGACCCACGAAUACUCCAUGCCCAAGCUAUCAAAAAUGGUCAAACCGACCGGUUCUCCUGCAACAGCCUCAUCACCCUCUACUCCAAAAGCAACUUCUUGUCCUACUCCCUCCGCCUCUUCCACCAAAUCCCAUCUCCCAAUGUCGUCUCCUGGACUGCCCUCAUCUCCGCUUACUCCGAUACCCUCCUCUCCCUCCGCCAUUUCCUUUCCAUGCUCCGCCACCCCACUUUCCCCAACCAGCGCACCAUUGCUUGCCUCUUCAAGACCUGCGCUUCCCUCCCUUGUCUCUCUUUCGGCCUCGGCCUUCAUUCUCUCUCAUUGAAGCUCUCCCUCUCCUCCCAGCCCUUUUCUGGGUCUGCGCUUAUUAACUUUUAUUCCAAAUGUCGGCUUCCGAGUGAAGCUCGCAAGGUGUUUGACGAAAUUCCUCAUAAGGACGAGGUUUGUUAUUCUGCUGUUGUUGUUGGGUUGGCGCAAAACUCGCGGCCCAUUGAUGCAUUGUCGGCUUUUGUUAAGAUGAGGGCUUGUGAUGUUGGGUCCACAAUGUAUAGUGUUUCCGGUGCACUUCGUGCUGCGGCAGAGCUGGCCGCACUGGAGCAGUCUAGGGUAAUACAUACUCAUGCUAUGGUUACUGGGCUGGAUAUCAAUGUUAUUGUGGCAACUGCUCUAAUAGAUGUGUAUGGGAAAGCGGGUCUUGUGAUGGAUGCAAGACAGGUUUUUGAUGAGAACUUGUCGAUAAUGAAUGUUGUGGGAUGGAAUGCGAUGAUGGCAGCUUAUGCACAGCAGGGGGAUAAGAAUUGGACUGUCAAGCUGUUUAAUUUGAUGCGAGCUCAAGGGCUUGUGCCAGAUGAGUAUAGCUUUCUAGCAAUCUUAACCUCGUUUUGCAAUGCAGGCAUGGAUGUUGAUACUGAGCAAUGGUUCAAUAGCAUGAUGGUAGAUUAUGGCUUGGAACCGGGGCUUGAGCAUUAUACAUGUUUGGUGGGUGCAUUAGGCCGAGCUGGCCGAUUACAGGAUGCUGAGAGGAUUGCAAUGACAAUGCCUUUUGUGCCAGAUGCUGCGGUUUGGCGAGCACUUCUUUCAAGUAGUGCAAUUCAUGGUGAAGCAGACAUGGCCUGCACGAUGUCCUACAGGUUAUUGGAACUUGAUCCACAUGAUGACUCUGCCUACGUGAUUGUUGCAAAUGUGUUAUCAAGUGCAGGCAGGUGGGAUGAAGUUGCGGAAGUGAGGAAGAGGAUGAAAGAUAGGAGGGUGAAGAAGGAAGGUGGGAGGAGUUGGAUUGAAAUGCAUGGAAAAAUUCAUGUUUUCUUGGCAGGGGACAGAAGGCAUGAGAUGACAGACAAGAUUUAUGCAAAAUUAGCAGAGUUGAUGGAGGAAAUAGAGAAACUAGGAUACAUACCGGUUUGGGAUGAGAUGUUGCAUGAAGUAGGGGAGCAGGAAAAAAGGGAAGCUCUAAGGUAUCAUAGUGAGAAGCUGGCAGUAGCAUUUGGAGUGGUAAGUGGAGCAGCUCCUCUGGGGAAGCCACUAAGGAUUGUGAAGAAUUUGAGGAUCUGUAGGGAUUGCCACGAGGCUAUUAAGUACAUGAGUAGAGUGUUAGACAGGGAGAUUAUUGUGAGGGAUGUAAACAGAUACCAUAGAUUUCGCAAUGGUAGUUGUACUUGUGGAGGUAUAUGGUGACAAUGUCAAAACUAUUACAUGCUUGAUUAUCAUAAAAGUGACGAACUGAAGUUGGGUUGAAUUGCCAUUGUCCCAAGAAAAGUUCAUAUGCUUUGAUAAGGAAUCAAGGCCAUGAAAUCGCAGAAAUAUAAGUGAGAGUUGGAUAAAAUGUUGCUGAUAAGAGAGGGAAAGCAGUUGAGUGUUAAAGUAGAGCUUCACUGCCAUGGAAUCGCUAUGAUAUGCAUGAGUUAAGCAGCUAAAAGGAUGAAUCUCUUCGCCUUUUCUCUGGCAACUAAAAGUUACAUUCCUUGAGUUUGGAACUUGAAAUACAGAAAUAAUUGGAUGUAGAUUGUCCAACUUGCAAUUUGCACAUAAUGAAUUCUGUAAGAAUAAUCGUGGAGAUAUGAGAUAGGAUAGUUCUUUUUAGUAAAAGGAAAACAAAAAGACUGCUGGAAGAAUUUUGGCAGGUUUAUAUGGCGAAUAUAUACUAGUUUGUAGCGUUUGCAUCGUUUUUAAUUCAAGAAGUCAAUGAUUGCCUUUUUUGUCUAGAACAUCUUCCCUGGAUACUUUGCCGGUUUGGGUCAUAAAAUCUGGGAGGUAAAGUUUGGAAGGAUGACAAAUGUUUUUUUUGAAAAGUUGGAAGGAUGGCAAUUAUGGUCUCAUCAUUGGUUCUUCAUA